UCACAUGACAUUGGCGAAAUGCAACACAAGCAAGUGACCGUUGAAGCUGUAGCGAGUGUAGCCAUUUGCUCUUUCUCAUUCGUUUUAGCGACGGCGUACACUGAGCCGAUUUCAAACGCUUCAUUAUGGCAGAAGGGGAACCCCAAGUUCAGUUUAAGCUGGUCUUGGUGGGUGAUGGAGGCACAGGGAAGACCACUUUUGUAAAGAGACACUUAACGGGAGAGUUUGAGAAGAAAUAUGUAGCCACCCUGGGUGUGGAGGUGCACCCCCUGGUAUUCCACACCAACAGAGGCGCCAUCAAGUUCAACGUGUGGGACACCGCUGGCCAGGAGAAGUUCGGGGGCCUGAGAGAUGGUUACUACAUACAGGCUCAGUGUGCCAUCAUCAUGUUUGACGUGACCUCCAGGGUGACCUACAAGAACGUGCCGAACUGGCACCGUGACCUGGUGCGCGUGUGUGAGAACAUUCCCAUCGUGCUCUGCGGCAACAAGGUCGACAUCAAGGACCGCAAGGUCAAGGCCAAGAACAUCGUCUUCCACCGCAAGAAGAACCUGCAGUACUAUGACAUCUCCGCCAAGAGCAACUAUAAUUUUGAGAAGCCGUUCCUGUGGCUGGCACGGAAGCUUAUAGGAGACCCCAACCUGGAGUUUGUUGCCAUGCCCGCCCUCGCCCCCCCAGAGGUGGCCAUGGACCCCUCCCUCGCUGCACAGUACGAAAUCGACCUCAAAUUGGCGUCGCAAACGGCACUCCCAGAUGAAGACGACGACCUCUAACCUGUGACAUCCCGCCAUUUUUCCCAGCAGUGAGAGUGCUCAAAACAUGGCUUUUGUCUGUAGUUGGCCUUUAACUUUUAGCUGUAAAAUGCUGUUGCAAAUCUAUUUUUUUAAUGUUUUUGUUUUUUAAUUUUUUUAUCUUUUGGUUUUGUUUAAUUUUUGGUUUUAAGCUGAAAAUAUUUCCAGUAGGUUGCACUUGUGUGUACACACAGUUAAUUACUGCUACUGAAAAGUCGACUGAAUGCUUUGAGACAAACGCGCACACGCACAUUACAAAAACACUCCCAGUAUGUGGAUACAGUAUUAUACAAUAUUAUACAGUCUUAUAUAGUACCAAUGCAGGAACAUGGAAGCACUUUGAGGAAAAUCUUUGAAUAAAAAGUGACUGAAUUUAA